AUGCCAUAUGUUGAUAAAACAGAAGAGUUUUUUAAAAUCAUUGAAAGAUUAAGUAAUGAUAAUAUAAAUAUAAGAAAAAAUCGAAGCACAGUUCAAGACACGCAAGUAGGUGAGCUUGCUUCGAAAAUUACAGACUCAUUGCAAACAGGAUAUCAGAAGUUACAACAGCUAGAAAGAUGUGUGAAACAAAAAGGUAUUUUUAACGACAAAACGUCAGAAAUAGAAGAACUGACUUAUGAAGUAAAACAAACAAUUACAGAUGUAACGAAUGAUUUAGAUUCAUUAGUUCAAUAUGCUUAUAAUCUAAAUAUUAGUAACCCUCAAAGUAAAACUCAUAUUGAUAAUAUUAUAUCAUCCUUAAAAAAUCGUCUUUUCGAUUUUACAAAAAAAUUUAAGGAUGUCUUACAAAUCAGGAGUGAGCAUAUAAAAAAACAAGUGAAUAGGAGGAAAAUGUAUGCCUAUACAUCUAACGAAGCAACGUUUAAUAAUGAUAAUUAUAAAUUUACUCCACUUGGAGAUAUAGAUAUUGAAAGUGGUCAGCAACAAGUUUUAAAACAGCCAUAUAAAUAUUCAUAUAUACAUUCAAGAGCUGAUGCAAUGGAAAAUAUACAAAAAGUAAUUGGAGAUUUAGCUCAAAUGUUUCAGAAGGUUGCUACUAUGGUAACACACCAAGAUGAAAUGAUAAAACGUAUUGACGAAGAUAUAGAUAUAUCCUUAGAAAAUACGAGAGAAGGACAAAAUUAUCUUUUAACUUAUUUUAAUAGAUUAACAUCUACAAGAACUUUAAUAUUACAGAUUUUUGCUUGUAUAUUCAUUCUGAUAGUAUUUUUUGUCAUUUUUUCAUAG